AUGGAUAUUGCAAAAGAAAAUAUAAGAAAUUUUUUAAUUAGAGUAAGAAAAUGGUUAAGAAAAAAAUGGGAAGAAUGUGCUGAUGUUACUCAAAUGAAAUUUGAAUGGCCAAUAUGGACACCAGUAGAAGUUGUUGAAAUGGUUGGAAUAGAAAAUUAUGAUUCAUCUUCAAUGAAAUUUCAAAUGCCAUUUUUUUGGAAAAGUCAUUCUGUACCAGCUACACGUUCUUGGGGAAUAGUUGUAUGUGGAAUAGAAUGUUUUUUUGGUUUAUUUUGUCUUCUUCUUAAUAUAAUCCAUUUUGGUAUAUUUAUAAAUACAAAUUCACGAUAUAUGUAUUUACAGUGGAUGGUUUUCAUGUUAACACUAUCUGAAAUAGGAGUAUUUUUUGCCUUUAAAUUAUUGUUUAUUAUUGCACUAAAUGAAAAAAAUCAUAAAUUAUUACGGGUACAAAUGAUAUUCCAAUAUGCUACCAGUGUGGUACUACUUCUUAAUGCAUCAUUUUCAAUUACAGCAGAUUAUGGUGGAUAUAAUGAAGAAAAAUUAUAUGGUCAAAAACAACCAAUUUUAAUAAGAAUUUUAGCAAUAUUAUCAUUAAUAUUUGCUGUUGCACAGUUAUAUUUACGAUUAAUGACAGUUCCAAUAUACAAUUUUAUGGUUACACAAAGACGAUUUUGUAAAAGUUUAUAUAAUUGUCGUUGGAGAUAUAGAAAAAGAGUAUAUUUUACCUAUUGUUCCAUAAGAGAAGAUGAUCUUAAAAAUAAAAAAGAACAACAAAUGCUUCUGGAAUUAAAAAAAAGUCAAACAACAACUAGAAGGAAAAAAAAAGUUAAAAAAAUCGGACAAAUUCAGAGGGGAAUUAGAAAAAAACAAGGUGGUGAAAAUAACAUUCAACCUAAUAAUGCUUUACUUGUCAAAGUAAUGGAAAAAGAUCCAUCCAAAAUAAAAUUAUGUAUUAUAUUGGAUGAAAAAAGUCUUGAAGCUGCAAAAAAACCAUCAACUUUUAUUUUAAAUGAAGAAUAA